CACCACUUCCACCACUUCCGCGAAGUUCUCACCACGGAGCUGAGAAAAGCUUAGGCACCACCAUUACAAACAACAAUGGCGGUGACGGAUCUUUUCGCCGGAGAAAUCGCUACCGAGCUCCUCAAAAAUCUCUACGCUAUCUGCAAGAAGUGCGCCCUCUCCCGCAACAGCGCUUUGCAGCUAAUUGAAGACAUCAGUGCGGUCGACCCAAUUAUCAGGGAAAUCAAGGCCACCGGCGUCGAGCUGCCGCAGGAGCGCCAGCGCCAGCUCGACGAGUUCUCCAGGACUCUCUCCGCCGGCGUCGAGCUCGCCGACAAGGUCCUCAAGUGUGGGCGCUGGAACAUGUACAAGAAUCUCCAGUUCGCCCGAAAAAUGGAGAAGCUGGAGAAGAGGGUCUCCAGGUUCGUGCAGGGGAUCAUGCCGGCGCACGUGAUGGCCGACGUCCAUCACGUGAGGGUCGACACGGAGCAGAGGUUCGAUCGGCUGGACAAUUCGUUCAAGCGGAUCGAGCAGCAGCUUGGCGCCAUGAAAAUCGGCGUGGACGAGGGCGGCGGCGGCGGCGGGUGGUUGGGGGAGGCCGUGAAGAGGGUGGCGGAGGAGCAGAGGUGGUGCGAGGACAGUUUUGUAAAUCUGGGUGCCGGGUUUGAAUUGGGGAAGAGGAAAGUGAAAGAUAUGUUAAUGAAGGAUGAAGAAAACAGUGGCGUUUUUGAACUUUGUGGGAUUGGAGGCAGUGGGAAAACCACUUUAGCCAGAGAGAUUAGCAAAGAUGAUGAAAUUCAAAGUUUUUUCAAGGGAAGGGUUCACUUUCUUACUGUGUCUCAAUCUCCAAAUGUGGAGCAUUUGAGGUUACAGGUUUGGUCAAUGAUAUCAGGGUGUACUCUUCAAUCUUCUGCCAAUAUGUUUCCUGGGUGGAACCCGCAAUUCGAUUGGAACAGGAUGCCUGCUCAGCCGAGGCUUCUGAUUCUAGACGAUGUAUGGAAGCUUGCAGAUCUCAAGCCGUUGAUAGAUUUGAAAGUUCCCGGCUGCAAGAUCCUUGUGGUUUCGCGAUUCAAGUUCCCUCCAUCGGUUAUUGACUCUACUCACGAGUUGGAGCUGUUGAGAGAAGAUGAAGCUAUGUCUCUUUUCUGCCAUUUUGCGUUUGGGCGCAAUUGCAUUCCUCUUGGUUUCGAUGAGAAGUUGGUGAAAGAGGUAAUUGAUGAAUGUGAAGGGCUUCCUCUGGCUUUAAAAGUUGUUGGAUCAUCUCUUAAGGGCCAGCCUGAAAUGUUCUGGAAAAGUGCUCAAAACAGAUUGUCGAGGAGUCUCCCUGUUGGCGAGUCUCAUGAGGUACAAUUGCUAGAGCGGAUGAAAUGGAGUAUUGAUUACUUGCCCGAGAAAGUCAGGGAGUGUUUCCUCGACUUGGGCGCAUUUCCAGAAGACAAAAAGAUCCCUCUUGAUGUUCUCAUUAACAUGUGGGUGGAACUACACGAUAUCCCCGAGGAAGAGGCCUUUCAUAUUGUAGUUGAACUUUCUAACAAGAAUCUCCUAAACUUGACGAAAGAUGCAAGAGUUGGAGACUUGUACAGCAGUUACUAUGACAUAUCUGUAUCUCAGCACGAUGUUUUGAGGGAUUUAGCAAUUCACAUGAGCGGUCUCGAGGAUAUAAAUCAGAGAAGGCGGUUGCUCAUGCCAAAGAGGGAGCGAGAGCUCCCGAAAGAAUGGGAGAGAAAGGCUGAUCAACCCUUCAAUGCCCGGGUUAUCUCGGUUCAUACAGAUGAAAUGAAGGAGAUGGAUUGGUUCCAAAUGGAUUGUCCAAAAGCCGAAGUGCUAAUCCUAAACUUUUCCUCGUCCGAAUACUUCUUGCCUCCUUUUAUUUGCAGCAUGCCCAAGCUCAGGGCGCUGAUAUUAAUAAACUAUAGCACCUCCAAUGCAGUCCUCCAUAACCUCUCCGUUUUCAAUGAUUUGACAUACUUGAGAAGCCUAUGGUUUGAGAAAAUCUCUGUCCCUCAUUUGUCCAAUUCUACCAGGCCCCUCAUAUACCUGCGAAAGAUUUCUUUAAUCCUUUGCAGUAUCAACAACAGCCUCGAUCAAUCGGUUGUAGACCUCCCCCGCCUGUUCCCUCGUCUUUCAGAGCUCACAAUGGAUCACUGCAUAAACUUCAAUGACCUCCCGACAGGCAUAUGCAAGAUGCGUUCGCUGAAGACCUUUAGUGUCACUAACUGUGACAGUCUCCACGAACUGACACCCGAGCUAGGAGAACUGAGUUUUCUGCAAAUUCUAAGGAUAUACGCCUGCCCAAAUGUUAAAAGCCUUCCUCCUAGCAUUGGCAACUUGGUAUCCCUGAAAUACCUCGAUAUCUCUCAAUGUGUUAGCUUGAAAACACUCCCUGCGACGAUCGAUGGGUGUAGAAGACUGGAGAAGAUUGACAUGAGGGAAUGCCCGGUGAUUAAGAGCUUGCCCGGGUCUGUGAAGUACUUGGAAUCUCUACGCAGGGUAAUUUGUGACGAAGAGGUCUCUUUCCAUUGGAAGGACGUUGAGGAGGCUGUACUAGGUUUAUGUGUUCAGGUUGCCGAGGAAUGCUUCACUCUUGACUGGCUAUCUGAGUAAAUACAUUCUGAGGUUUAUAUUCUGAAAUGUUAGCCGAGAGUGCAAUGCAGGUUAAGGAUGUAUAGUAGAUGGAGUUUGGCUAUAAUCUUGGUAUGUAUAAGCUAGCUAAGGAUGUAUAGUAGAAAGCUUUAAUUUAACAUCUUAUGGAGUUUGGCUAUAA